GACCGCCGCCACCAGGCAUGAGAUCUCCAAGGUUGUUGCCACCGCCUCCAGGGCCACGACGACCACCAUUGCCACCAUUUAUGCCACCGCCUCCAAGUGGCCCACAUCCUUUUCCACCAGCCAUGCCAAGGCCACCGAUGCCUUUACUGAGACCCAGGCCAGGGCAUAGGCUUCCACCACCACCACCACCUCCACCAGGUCUUAGGCCAAUUCCUCCACUUGGUGUUGGUCCACCAAUGAGAGGUAUGGGAAGGCUUGGGCGUGGUGGUAAGAGGAUAGGACCACCACCCAAAGGGAAAGCAAAAGGGAAGAAGACUAAUACUGGAGAGGUGCAGGAGAAUGAACUCAAUAAACCUUGGGUGACUGAGGCUAUGAAAAAUGAAAUAAUGAAAAAACAUAAACUGUACCAGAAGGCAAAGAAAAGCAAUGACGAGAGCGACUGGAAGGAGUUCAAGGAACAAAAGACUCGAGUCGCCACGAUGAUUCGUGAAGCUAAACUCGAGUAUAUAGGAAAUCACCCGGAGGAGGGAAAAGAGCAUUACUGUGAAACGUGUGAUCGAGAGUUCAAGAAUGUGUCCAAACUGGCCGAACAUGUUAAGGAGCAUCGUAUAUGUGGCCUGGAUGGCUGUCAGUUCGUGGCACACCCCAAGGUUAUAUUAAAACAUGUACAAUUUCAGCAUGAUACAGGAUUGUACAAAAAAAUUGGCAGUCUUUACAGCCCUGAGGACAUAGCGAAAUGGAUUUCAGAGAGGAAAAGAUUCUAUCCUACCAAGGAGCAUGUAGCGAGGAGAGAAGCUGAACAAGAGGAGAAACUGAAGAGGGGUGAAAGACUUGGUGAAAAUAAGAAUCGCUUUGGGAGAAAUUCUGUGUCAUUUAAUUCAAGAGGAACUAGGGGUGCAAGUAGAGGAUUUGGGGGAAGAGGAAGGGGGCUUGAAAGAGGCAGAGGCAGAUUUUCUUCUAGGUCAUUUCCGCACGCAAGGAACAUCUCUGGAAGAGUUGGUGAAACCAGCAAACAAUCACGUUUCGAGAUUGUUUGUGAAGAUGAUGAAGUGAACAGAAAACUUCCUGCAUUCCCAGGCACAGCAGCCUUUAGUGAAGCAGCCUCGUUGGUUGAAAACAGUAGCUCUGAAGAGGACCGGGGACAGUUCAGUGACUCUGAGUGGGAGACUCCAGGAAGUGUUACACCGUGUAAUACACACAUUCCAGUUAUGAGCAAGGCUUUGAGCAGUCUUGUGGGGUUGUAUGCAUCAGAUUCCUCAGGAGCAGAAGAUGAACAGAGCACAGUCCCUUCAUUGUCUCUUGUUUCUCGCACCAAAACACAGUUGCGAAUUUCUUGCAAAGAUACGAUGAAUAUUGGUGCAGCAGUUAUUGAAAGCACUGGACCAGACAUUUUGAACAAAAUUACAGCAGAGAGGACAAUUAAUAAGGAACAUUGUGUUACAAGUGGUUUAAAGUUGGAUGACAGUGAUAGUGGUCCUGAAGAAGCUCCAGUACUCCAUGAAAGCAAUGAAGUUCAAAAGAAUAACACCAGUUCAGUUUCUAUGUGCAAUGAGAAUGAAGAAUGUCGCGAAUACAAAGACGCCACUGAAAAUACACGAAAGAGGAGGAGGCAUCAUAAACAUAAUUCAUUCAAGAAAGUUAAGUCAGCUCCGACUGAGGAAAGGGAAAAUGUGUGUAAUGAAAGAAAAGGUUCCCGUAAAUCUUCAUAUGUAAGGCGGAGGAAAUUAACUCUGUUGGAGAAGCUUUUGAGCCGUGAAAUCCGACAUGAGAGAAACAUGAUUCUGCAGUGUGUCAGAUAUGCCGUACAUAAUAAUUUCUUUACUUCGGAUGCAGAUGUCAUAGUCGAGAAAAGAAAACACGAGUUAAAUCCACUUUUGCAGUGCAUUCAUUACAUUGUGGACAGUAAAUUUUUUUGCAUGACUCAGAAUCACCAGUCAUUGGAGGCAGAUUGUGAUUCUUUCGAUGACAUGAAGGGAGCCAUAAAAACUGAAUGUGAAUCUCAGAAUAAUGAAGUUGUUUGUAAUUAAGUGAAUAAAAUACACAGUAUGUACAACAAGGAAAUGGUGUCUCUGUAAGUGAAAUGCAUAUUAGAAAUCCAGUUGGUAUGUGAACAGCUCAAACAUGUACACAUUUUCUCUUAAACACCAAAGAGAAAAUGUCAAUUUACUUGUUUAGUUCAGUGAUUGAAGCUUUUGUUAAGAAGUGGUCAUCUCAUUCAUUAGUUGAAUAUACUAGAUGUAAUUUGCUGGUAAUAGCAUUUAUAUGAGUGUUCAGACAGAAGCCUGAUAUUUUGUGCUGUUUUUAUUCUUAGUUUCUCUGGUGGAUGUAAUUGUCUGAGGUGUGUUACUGCAAUACAUGGUACAGAAUUCCA